UGGCCCGGAACGCGGAUUCUAAGAGCGGCGGCUGCCCCCGGCCCCACCCGGAGCCAUCGCGGGUGCCCGGCGGGGACAGAGCGCUCCCUCCCACUGGAGUGCAGGGGCCGCCCCCGGUCGGAGCCCGGCCCCGGAGCGUGGGGUAUGCGCAGCUAACGGUCCCGUCGGGCGGGCUUUCCUCUGGUGGAGCGCGCAGGCGGUGCGCCCCAGCUAUGGAGUGUCCGGGGAGACGGCGGGCAUGACGGCGGCAGGAUGGGCGCGAACAAUGGCAAACAGUACGGCAGUGAGGGCAAAGGCAGCUCAAGCAUCUCAUCCGACGUGAGUUCAAGUACAGAUCACACGCCGACCCAAGCCCAGAAGAAUGUGGCUACCAGCGAAGACUCCGACCUGAGCAUGCGCACACUGAGCACGCCCAGCCCCGCGCUGAUAUGUCCCCCGAACCUGCCCGGAUUUCAGAAUGGAAGGGGCUCGUCCACCUCCUCGUCCUCCGUCACCGGGGAGACGGUGGCCAUGGUCCACUCCCCGCCCCCGACCCGCCUCACCCACCCGCUCAUCCGGCUCGCCUCCAGACCGCAGAAGGAGCAGGCCAGCAUCGAGCGCCUGCCGGACCAGUGCAUGGUGCAGAUCUUCUCCUUCCUGCCCACCAACCAGCUGUGCCGCUGCGCGCGCGUGUGCCGCCGCUGGUACAACCUGGCCUGGGACCCGCGGCUCUGGAGGACUAUCCGCCUGACGGGCGAGACCAUCCACGUGGACCGCGCCCUCAAGGUGCUGACCCGCAGACUCUGCCAGGACACACCCAACGUGUGUCUCAUGCUGGAAACCGUCACUGUCAGUGGCUGCAGGCGGCUCACGGACCGAGGGCUUUACACCAUUGCCCAGUGCUGCCCCGAACUGCGGCGACUGGAGGUCUCGGGCUGUUACAAUAUCUCCAACGAGGCGGUCUUCGACGUGGUGUCCCUCUGCCCCAACCUGGAGCACCUGGACGUGUCAGGGUGCUCCAAAGUGACCUGCAUCAGCUUGACCCGGGAGGCCUCCAUUAAACUGUCCCCCUUGCAUGGCAAACAGAUUUCCAUCCGCUACCUGGACAUGACGGACUGCUUCGUGCUGGAGGACGAAGGGCUGCACACGAUCGCGGCGCACUGCACGCAGCUGACCCACCUGUACCUGCGCCGCUGCGUGCGCCUCACCGACGAGGGCCUGCGCUACCUGAUGAUCUACUGCACGUCCAUCAAGGAGCUGAGCGUCAGCGACUGCCGCUUCGUCAGCGACUUCGGCCUGCGGGAGAUCGCCAAGCUGGAGGCGCGCCUGCGGUACCUCAGCAUCGCGCACUGCGGCCGGGUCACCGACGUGGGCAUCCGCUACGUGGCCAAGUACUGCAGCAAGCUGCGCUACCUCAACGCGAGGGGCUGCGAGGGCAUCACGGACCACGGCGUGGAGUACCUCGCCAAGAACUGCACCAAACUCAAGUCCCUGGACAUCGGCAAGUGCCCGCUCGUCUCCGACACGGGCCUCGAGUGCCUGGCCCUGAACUGCUUCAACCUUAAGCGGCUCAGCCUCAAGUCCUGCGAGAGCAUCACGGGCCAGGGCCUGCAGAUCGUGGCGGCCAACUGCUUCGACCUCCAGAUGCUCAACGUGCAGGACUGCGAGGUGUCCGUGGAGGCCCUGCGGUUCGUGAAGCGCCACUGCAAGCGCUGCGUCAUCGAGCACACCAACCCCGCCUUCUUCUGAAGGGCGGUGCAUGCGCGGGGACAGAGCGCCGCGCUUCCCAGGCGGAUGAGAGCCCCAACCCUCACCCCCACCCCCCACCCUCUCGGAGCAGUCCUUGCUUCCUGGAAGGUUCCUAAGGAUCUGGCUUUUCUGUUUCCUUAGUGCUCGUGGGCAACAGGGGUCAAGGAGAGGAAGGGGGGGACGGGGGGAGAGACAAGUGGCUGUGCCGGUAAACUGGGGUUUUUUGGGUCAGGUCAUCUGUAGGCAGUUUCUCUUCUCCCGAAAGAGGUACCUCCGCAAGCCCAUGGCAGUGUGUUUAAGAACGCCUCUCUCUCUCUCCGCUCCUGGUGGCAUCCCAGGCUUCUGCGCGCACACACCGUGUCCCCAUGGUCCCCCACCCACCCCACAGCCCCUCCCUGGCCAACAGCGACCACACAUCCAGGAUAAUGAUGCUCUCCAGACCUCCUCCUCUUUAAACUGCUUGAUUGGCCUAAGCCGUACUCAUCAGCCCCGCGCCCAAGCUAAUUCUUGGUAAAUAAAUGUCCUAGCACCUGGUAUAUACAAAGUGCUUCCAGCCCUUUUCUACAGAAUCACUUGUGGCAAGCAGCACUGUGCAGGAGGAGCCCUGCGCUCUGCCACGACAGAGCUGCGUGACCUUGGGCAAGUCACGUGCCCUCUCUGGGCUUCGGCUUCCCGUGCUGAGUCAGAGGCCGUCCAGCUCGAGGAUCCGCUUCAUACCCAUUUUAGAAUUUCGGGAACGGAGAUUGCCAGUAAGCAACAGCACGUUGACGUACAUCAUAUGAGGCGUCUACCUCUCCCAAGAGUAUUGGUUCUGUGCGGGCUGUCAGGAGAUUGGCAAGUGCCAGCGUGAAUGCCCCCUAUGUCCUUCACUCCGAUCCGAUUGUCACCCCAACCCUGUUUCUUUUGGUGGGUGAGUCUCUUGGGCAGCUACUCCUGCCCGGCUAGGUGGGUGGUUCCUGUGACAAGUUCCCGCCACCCUACCCCACACCAUCUUACGGAGGCCAUGCAUUUCCCACUCCCAGCACACCCCACAGCCCCAGUCAAGCUGACCUUGCUAGUGUUUUCAAAUAGGAAGAAAGACCCUCACCAGUUUUAAUUAACAAGGGAGGCCCAAGAGAGCACAUGUCUUGGAAGGGUUUUCCAUCCUUUCUCAGUGCACAUGUGGCAGGCAGCAAACACGUCUGCCCUGCAGCUGGCAGGAGCAGACCUGGUGGUUCUUCCUCAUUCCGAUCACAUUUCCACUUUUCUCGUCUAUUUAUUUCUCUGUGCAUCCAGACUGCAUCACGUGAAGCCUGUCGGGCUUAAGUCAUGAGUGUUUUACGGCACAGAUUGCCACCUCGUGUACCUUCUCCCGUGGCUAGCUGAUGUUCUCUGUCAAAGAGCACACAGCAGACUUUCAGGUGUUCAAAGACUGCUCACUCAAAAAUGUCAGGCCAAUGGAAGAGGGAGCACAUUGAUCACACUUAGGUGCUGGCCCGCGAGCCAGGCCCUAGGAAUAGAACAUGAAAAUCCUUGCCAAGUAUGCAUUUUAAAUGGCCCUGUUUGGAUGGGAAUCCACUUGCUAGCCUCACUCGUGUGAAAUCAGGAUGCCAGAAGAAAGUCCGCUGUUCAUUUUCAUGGAAUUGAGUUGCCUUUUGUUAAUAAACACGUGACUUUUCCCACAUUGUUCUCUAGGCACACCUCUCCUUCAUCGCUGUCCAAACAGUCAUCCACUUUCUCAAAGGGUCCAUCAUCCAAACGCAAAACCUCUGCCCAAGUAGAUGGAAUUGGUCUCAGAUCAAGCUCACACACAACUCGACAACUGCACUCCCACUGUAGGCUCCCUGCGUUUCUUUGUCUUAUGUCGGGAAGGAGGAGAUAGACUGAGGUGGUGUCUGCCCAGGAGGUUUCUUUCCUGCAUCAUUUGACAUAUGACCUCCUCUUCAGUCAACAUCGUCAACAGCUUAAUGUGUAAUCACGACUAUGUGCCAUGGGGGAAAGUGAAUUGCUUGGCUGGGGAGAGUGUCUAGUGAUAGUCACAGGGUUUAGAGCCAUGAAAGAGGUUGAAGGUAGCUUUCGCAUGCUCUGUGACUUGUGACUGUGUGUAACAUUUCGGGAGCUGAGAAUCACAAGGAUUGUCCCUAACCCUUGGCACUACUGGGGUCUUUCAAGUGGUAAAUUUUCAUACUCCGGGAAUGAAAAAAGAGAUCCAAAAUGGUGCCCUGAACCAAAAAAGGGGUGUCCCAUUACAAAUACCUUUAUCACCACCACCUGACCACUUCGCCUAAACUGCCUUCCACACAUGAGACAAAGCUGACUUUCACACUCAUUGCCCAGCACAGACUGUCUCUCCCCGUCUCUCCCUUUGCCCCAGUCUUCUCUUCAGCCACUCUGCCCCUACUUGGGAUAUGAAUCUAUGGCAGAGGUCACUGGGGAAACAGCUCAGCAGAUUUUUAGAGACCAAGCAAAAGGUCUCACUAGGAAAUUUAUCUGUUUUAAAACAUUGCUUCCUUCCUGCCUCUGCGAAAUUGAAUGCUCAUUGUUGUUUUUUUUAUUUCUAAUGUUCAAUCACUGCGUGCUGUAUGACUCUAGAAAGCCUUAAUUUACUACCACCAAGAAAUAAAGCAAUAU